AUGGAACUUCCUCCAGAGCAUAUAAGUAUCAAAAGGAGGCGGCAAGAAGAGCCUGUUGAGCUGCUAUAUCUCGAGAGUGAUGGUCAUCAAACCAAGCGCCGAUUUACAGAAUAUUGCUUUCAGCGUGUCAAAGCAGAUAUCAAACAGCCUAUAGCCCCAAACGCGUUGUCAGGGGAGAAUAUCCGUGAAGAAGGGCGGGUAGUGAGCAAUUACGUGGCCUCUGGUAUACCCAUUGUGCGAGCAACGUCUCCUGGCGCAGAGAUUCGAGAGGAAGCUGAGAGAAGAGCCGCCCAAAAAGCACUCCGAGGCCGGUUCUUGCCUGAGGAGCAUUCUUCGGCUUCGAAGAAGCCUGCACGGGAUGUCAUUGCAACAUCCCAAACAGUCAGGGCAUCGACACCGCUCCAGAGGCCUGCUGCACCCCUUCGUCACUUUCAUCUUGACCAUGGUCAUAGAGCCUCUCGUUUAAAUCAGCCUUCUGGCAUUCGGAAACGGAAGACAGCCCGAAGAAACUAUCUCGCAACCUUCAUUGAAAGCUCCAAAACCUCGAGGCAAGGGUCAGAGCUGCUAGACACGCUUCCCCGCGAGAAACCCAUCCACCGCCCUCAAGACGGUACAGUGAAGAGCCGCGUAGAUGGAAAGCCUGUUGACCAAAGCCUCAUAUCUAUGCCAACUCGCGUAAACAAGACUGGACAAUCUAUGCAUGAUCACCCAAGCAGCUGGGACUACGACUCUGACCAGCUGGCAGAAGAGCUUGCUGCUUUUGCCUUGGAGAUCUCACGCGAGGAGGGGCAAGAAUAUCAACCCAGUAUGACUAAGAUGUCUCAAGGUAUGGGUGUGAAGGACAUCCUUGUCGAUGUGGAUGAAGACUUUAUCUACGAUACUUAUAUCCGCGUUCCUGUCGCAGCUGGAGGCAAAGGCGUGGCUUCUCCAAAUGAUGUCGGACUUCUCAUCAUCGAUGACAAGGAUCAAGAACUAUGGCGGACGUUUGCUGAAAGCGACGAUGACAGCGAGUGGGACGAAGACGAUCCAGACUCCAAUGCCGAAGAUAACCCAGCGAACGAAUAUCCUGACGAAGAGGUCGACUCGGGAGAUGAGCAUGGAUACGGAGCAUACAAAAACCGCAAGCUGGCAUCGGAGGACGAGGAGUAUGAUUUGAACGAUCCAUGGAGCAGCAGCGAGUGA